GUUUGACUGCUACUUGGACAUCCCAACAAUGCUUUGACGGCAGCCUGGUAAGAAUAGCUCCCUGUCCACAGGUCCUGGCCUCCACAGUAAGACAACAGUGGAGGUGACUGGAUUUAGUAGCAAGCUGUGAGGGUCGACCCUGCAGUUCUGGGACGGUGUUGAAGAGGACAGCGACUCGGGAACUUCUCCCUGAUCUGUUUUACAGUAGCUUUUCGUGGUAGUUUGGGCUGGUUUUCUUAUGGGAUUAGAGUUGGCGCUCAGCAUUGAGGAAGAUGGGAGUGACGGAUCUGCUCUUCAUCACCAUCAGUCACAAUGUCUCCUUCAUGGGUAAAACCUGGUGGAUGUCGAUGCUGCUUUCGCGUCUCUUGGUCCUCCUGCUGGCUGGAUUCACCCUCUUCAGUGACGAGCAGGAGAGAUUCAUCUGUAACACCAUCCAGCCCGGCUGCUCGAACGUCUGCUUUAACUUAUUUGCUCCCGUCUCUGUUUUCCGUUUGUGGCUCUUCCACCUCAUUCUUCUCUGCCUUCCACAUUUGCUGUUUGCAACCCACAUCACUCAUAAGGUUUUGUCACACCAGUAUUCUGGAGGUUUCUACUACGACAGGAGCCGCGGCGGUUCACCCUUCAGCGUUGAGAACUCCAGCUCCUCAAGAGAACUGUCCUUGCACAAAGCUCCACUUCAUGACCUCCCGCGCGAGUGUGGAGUUCCUCGUUUCUACUGCGCCUACUUCCUGGUCGUAAUUGUACGGAUCUUUCUGGAAGUCGUUUUCGGUGCAGGUCAGUUUUUUCUCUUUGGUUUGUCCGUUCCGAAGAGCUUCCUCUGUCACGAGGCUCCCUGCACGUCUGGGGUCGAGUGCUUCAUCUCCAGACCAACUGAGAAGACCUUAAUGCUCAACUUCAUGCUGGGUGUCACCUCACUGUCCAUUCUGUUAAGUCUGGUUGACCUGAUGAGCUCCAUGAAGGCGAUGGUGAGAUGGAGGAAGAAAAGGGAGAUGUUCAUGGAGGAGAUGAGUAAAGGAGAGCAAAGCAGUAUGUUUACAACGACGACGACGACUGAAGAUAAUGACGUUGUUUUAAACAGAAAAGUCAGCCUGAGUGGAGGCUCAAAAAACAGCCUCAAAGAGGAAAAACAAAGUGCUGCUGCUGUUGUGCCAAAUGGUGAACCUCCUCGCACGAAGGCGAAUGCUGGAAACAUGACUACAACUAACGAAUCCACCAACGACAAGAGGCCUGAAAGCAAAGACGCCAAGGUGGACGUGUCGCUCGCUCCCACGAGCACUCCAGUGCCGACUCCCUUUGUCCUCCACAGCCACCUGAGACCCCCACUGUCCCCUCGCCCUGACAGGGGACCACCGCCGAUCCCCACGGUGCCAACACCUAUGGGGGUCAAAAAGCUGGGCCAGUACACCACAACUCCAGCAAACUCAGGCCAACAGCCUGACAGCAGUGAAUCUCAGGAAAAGAGGGCGUGGGUGUAAUCACCCGGGUGGUCGUUUGUCUUUGUUACUGGACGAGAAC